UUUAUGCAACAACAACAACAAAUAUUCCACAAUGAGCUGAAAAUACAGUAUAAAAUCUUAACAGCACUGUUCUUUAUGUUAUUGCUGAUAAUAUAAUUAUAACGCUCCCUACAGUUAUUUAUUAAGAGAAAUACUCCCAGAAUGGCCAGCGAAGCCACGGAGCAAACAGUGGCCCAUCUAGAUGGCAUUCCAGAUUUUAUCGACGCAGCCAACAAUUUGUUCAGGUCGAAAUGGUUGAUUACAGCUAUACACACGGAAAACAUAGGACAAAUUCAUCUUAAACAGCCAAGGGGAAUUCUCCAAGCAAGAAGAACAGAUGUCGCCCUCAUCGAAGACCUUGUUCAAAAGCUAAAACAGCGGCGGUUCUCCCUUGACAUUAUGUGUAUAGUGCGAGAAGCACCACCGCCGCUGGACCAGCCAUCAGGGGAACUCUGGAUUGCAGCUUUCAAAAAAGGCGAUGUUACUUCAAUAGGUUUCGCUGGCUAUCAUAAAUACCUGGCAGCAAAACGUAUUCCUGAACGGCUGUGUGGGAUGGUCGAAGUUUUUCUUAUGCCUCCUCCACAGUGGGUACAGCAUAUUGCCAGAAGUGAAAACGAAGAUCAAGUUUCCCGAAAACCAAAAAAACCAUCGCCGAUUGACUGCGCAGAUAUGCACCAGAUAUUUGCGUUGACGUCCUACAAAAAAAUAAACAACGAAGAUCUAAAUUACGAAACCGAAGUAACGGACGAAAUGAUAUUACAAUAUUAAUGCCGCCCUUUAACGGGUCGAUAUCUUCAUACCACCACAUUCAGUCUAUUGUGGACCAGAAUGUGCCGUAAGGCUCUUUGUAUGGAUGAUUCGAAGGAGUAUUCCAAUAAAUGUGGCGUUUAUAAGAAUCUGGCGAUGAUGUUAUCGGAUCAGAUGCAUGUGUUUGUCGAUUUCGUAACCCGGUAUGAACAAAGGGAGAUUGGGGGAUUGAGAAAAGACGAAGUGCCGUAUGAUCUUACCCAAAGCUUGUCCGACAUCUUUGGAAGAUGCUACGAUCUGGAAAAGCUUAACGCUGGCAUUUUUUUAAUGGGACAAACACUAACUCAAAAUGAUAUCAACAUACUUUACGAACGAAGGGCGUCGGAGGGUGGUAGUUUCAGUAGCAAUACUGCCCGCUCAAGGUCACCGGCUGGCUACAGGAGCUCCAUUGCUCUGCUGCCUACUUCAGUGCCAGGAGUGCUGCAAGGAGGCGGUGAACCAAGGGUCAAUUAUCUUGUUCAAAACAAUUUUGUGAGCUCUUCUAACACACCGCGUCGCAAAGCCGCUGCAAAACGACAAACCGUAAUUCUGAGCAAGGCAGAUGCCAUCGGGCUACGAGAUAUAUUAAUUCGAAAUCCAGGAAUCGCUGUAAAUACAGCUGAAAAAUCCUUGAUUGUGGAUUUCUUGUCGAGAACGGAAAACUGACUUAGUUGGUUAACAGCAAAGCGGCAG